GUAAAAAUCUGAAACAGCUGAUGUGGAGGGCAGCUACUGCCACUCAUCCACAAAACUGGGAAAGGGAGAUGAGAAACAUUAAAGAUAUAAAUGAAGACGCAUUCAAGCAUUUGAUUGCCAUCCCUCCAAGAUAUUGGUCAAGGUCCAGAUUCAGUCCAACACCAAAAUGUGACACAUUGGUCAACAAUAUCAGUGAGGCUUUCAACAGUGUCUUGGUUCACACCAGGACUAAACCAAUCAUAACAAUGCUGGAAGAAAUUAGGGUAUACAUAAUGCAAAGAUGGGCAAAAAACAGGUCUAAGAUACAAUCAUUUUCAGGACCAAUUUGUCCAAAGAUCCAUGCCAGAUUUACAAAGGAAUCCCAAGCAACCAAGAAUUGGAUACCUAGCUGGUCAGCACACAAACUGUUUGAAGUAAGACACGUCUCCCAAAGUGGAGAAAAAUUUGUUGUAAACAUAGACGAGUUCUCAUGCUCGUGCAGGAGAUGGAGCAUCACAGGAAUUCCAUGUUGUCACUCCCUUGCCGCAAUGAAGUUUCUUAAUAUUGAUGGCCAGCAGUUCAUUCCGGCUUGCUUUCUAAAGUCCACCUAUGAAGAAACGAAUGCAUCAAUCGUAUAUCCCAUCAACGGCAACAACAUGUGGGACCUAACACCAUAUCCGGAUGUCAUGCCUCCUAGGAAAAAGGUUAUGCCUGGAAGACCUAAAAGGAAAAGAAGACUGAAGCAGUGGGAGAUAAGAAAGGAUGAUUCACGAGUGAGCAAGGGUGGUUUGCGGAAGAGAUGCGGGAUAUGUAGGGAGGUUGGGCACAACAGGAGUCGUUGCCCGAAAGCAACCCAAGAACCAAUCAUGCCAUCAUCGCAAUUAUCUGAAGUGUGUAUGAAUGAUGAGGAAGCUGAACUAUAG